AAGAGAGAAUACGAUAUCGCUCUCUUCCUUAGUCGUGUUUGGCUUCUCUUUGAAAACAGGUUUUUCACUACUGAAGCAAAAAAUGGCCGAUCAGCUCACCGACGACCAGAUCUCCGAGUUCAAGGAGGCCUUCAGCUUGUUCGACAAAGAUGGAGAUGGUUGUAUCACUACCAAGGAGCUAGGUACAGUGAUGAGGUCACUGGGGCAAAAUCCAACUGAGGCAGAGCUCCAGGAUAUGAUAAAUGAGGUUGAUGCUGAUGGUAAUGGGACUAUUGACUUUCCUGAGUUUCUAAAUCUCAUGGCCAGGAAAAUGAAAGAUACUGACUCCGAGGAGGAGCUGAAAGAAGCAUUCCGAGUCUUUGACAAGGAUCAGAAUGGAUUCAUCUCUGCUGCUGAGCUGCGUCAUGUAAUGACAAACCUGGGGGAGAAACUUACUGAUGAAGAAGUUGAUGAGAUGAUUCGGGAGGCUGAUGUGGAUGGUGAUGGGCAGAUAAACUAUGAGGAAUUCGUGAAGGUGAUGAUGGCGAAGUGAUGAUCUCACCCCGCUAGAACUGAAAGGAAAAAGAGUUAAAGAAAAUGUUUAAAAAGAAAAAAAAAAAAAAGGGGGCAGGGGUUAUUUAGUCUAAUGAGUUUCUAGUUUCCUUUUUACCAUUUCAAUUGAUGGUUGGGAAGUCGGACCUUCAAAGGUCGGUGGUCUAUUCUGCUAUACCACGGUGGUGUGGUUUUCAAAUCCUUCUUGGAUGUGUUAUGACUCUUAUUUAGCAGUUUUAAUUUUUGCCCGUUUCCUUUUUCCGCUCUCUUGUAAAACCUGAACUACCGGAGGAUUUGAUGUUCUCUUGGAUGGAUGACUCAUUUUAUCAGUACCUAUUUCUUAUCUUCUAUGAUUGUGCAUAAGAAA